GAGAAUUAGAGGCACGCAGAUAGGAACUAGGCUUCAGAUUUCUCCACUUUCGAGGACCAACAAGGGUGCAGCAGCAAGAGAGAAUGCUAUCCAAGCGGGGAUUUUGUGAAUCUAAUGGAGAGGCUUGGCACGGUGCUUUUGAGGAGGGAGAGAAACGAGAGAGAUUUUUUCGUACUUUGGAGGGCCCUAACCAGAUGAGGCACACUUGGCCCGACGUAAGGAUGAUGGAAAUUGGAUCAAAUCUAACGGUAGUGCCAAGACUCGCCCUGUUCUACUUACACAACCGACGACCGACUCUUGGCAACAGUUGGAAUGGUCAGGAGGAACGUGAGAGAGAGUCACAUAUAGAAAAUUGGGUUGACGAUUCCCACUGACAUGGAGGACCCCCUCCUCUCCGUCCACUUUGAAUGUGAUAAACGCCUG